AGUUUCUUAGUAUCGGUAUAAUCACUGUAACCUCAUUCUUAUGGUUGAUCACUGCAAUCUCUAAAGAUUUGAUAUAACAUAUUCGAGGCAGCGUAGCCUGUAGGAUUCUGUAUUAUAUUGGUGCAAUUGCAACAUCUAGACAUCCAACAUGGCUGGCUUCAACUGUGAUAUUUUUGUUGUGGUUUCAAUUUCUCUUGUCUUCGUUUUGUGCUCUGUUAAUGCGUUUGCUCAAUUAGCAGAUACAAUGCUAUGUGCUGAUGAGACAUGUUCAGAAACCAUUUCAGAAGGAGAAGCCAGGCUUGCAUAUCGCCCACGAGAUGAAAAUUUUUUGAACCUGAAAAAGGGUGAUGUAGUUCUUGUGAAAAGCAAAAAUGCUGGCAAGAAGACACAUUUGUGGGGUGGGCAGGUUAUGGGUAGUUUGCGGUUUGGAUUUUUUCCAAGCUCUUUCAUCAAAGAGUACAUGGUUAUCCAUGAUCCUCCCAAAGUCGCAGUCAGCAUUCAGGAUUUUCUGAAAGGAAGGAGUCCACAGCCUACAAAUGAUCCUUUUUCUAAUCUGGUUGCUGAAAAACAAAAAAUUACAUUUGAAAAGUCGAAAAAAUUAGAUCAAGAAAACCAACAACGUUUUGCUAACAGUGAGGAUGAAAAACCUCCGUCUGUUGAUGAAGCAGUCAAAGUGGUGACUGCUGGAAGCCAAAAGGAUGAUGUUGGAUUGCAACAACAAGAGAAUGUUAGAAGCACGGAUGUCAAAAUGGUUUCUGGAGAAUCGCAGGAUCAAUUGCCUAAUCCUGGUGAAGGUGACGAGGAACGAAGUGCUGAAGGUCGGGAACAGAUGACAAAGCAGGAUCAUCACACCAAAGAGGAAGAUGCUGAAGAAAGAAAAGAGAAUGUUGAAAUGAAGGAACUGAAUCCAGAAAUUGCAAAUGUAAUAAAUAACAACCCAAAUACUGAAAGCACUGAUAGUAAUUCCAGUGAAAAAGGUACGAGUACUGAUCAUGGCAAUGGUAAAGGUACUGGUGAGAUGCCGCCUGAUAUUGCAGCACUUCUGGGAGACGUAAAAUCAGUUGGAGAUGAACAAAAAAUUGUUGAUCCAAGCAAGGUGGAUGAGAAUCCGCAAGCAGCCCCAGAAUCGAAGGAAGAGGCCGUAGAAAAAGAGUUGGAACCAGGAAAUAAAGAUUUGAAAGAAAGUGAAAAGGAACAACAUACAGAAGAAAAUAAAAAGAUUGAAGAAAACACAUCUACUGACAAAUCAGAUGAAUUUCAGUCGAGUGAGAUGGAUAAUCAAAAAGAAAGCUCACACACACAAAAAAGCGUUGUCCAGCUAGACAACCAAGAUUUACAAAAAGAUGAAAACAAAAAGGAAGAACCUAAUACUGAAUCUCACAAUACUGAGGAAAAUUAUACAGCCACUGAUUCUCCACAAAACGAUAAAAGUAGUUUGAGUGAAAAAGAUCAACAGGAAAAACCCGAUGAAGUUGGAGAACAAAGUACUGAGAGCAAUGCAGAACAUGCUACUAAAACUACUGUACCCUUAUCGGAAAAAGAUCCCAAUGCUACUGAAGAGGGAGAACAUGAAACUAAACCUCUUAAUACUGAGGAAAAUAAAUUAUCCCCCGACUCUCCACAAGAAAACCAAGCUGAAACUAAAAGUGUGUCGAGUGAAAAUGAUCAGCAGGAAAAACCUAAUGAUGUGGAAAAACAAAUUACUGAGAAUGAUGUAGAACAUAUUACUAAAACUACUGAACAACCACCUGAAAAUGAUCCCUCUGCCGAUACAGGAAAUCAAGGGUUAGCUGAUAAUCAAAGCAAUGAGAAUAAAAUAGAAAAUAUUGAUCCUGAUACACCUACUCCAGUCGACCAAGAAAAAUUUGUUGUUGAUACUGUGGCAGAAGAGGAUGGAACUGAACAGUCGAAAGGCGAAAUGGAUGACAGCACUGUGAGAGCAAGUGAGAUUGAUCAGGGUGUCCAAGAUAAAGUCGUUGACUCAGCUGUCCUAGGUCACCAAAGUCAAAGCUAUAAAAUAGAUCCUGACCCAGCUGUGCUCGAUGAUGAGAAUGUAAGUGAUGGAACCAAAUCUUCUCAUGAUUCAGAUUCUACAUUGAAAGAAGGUACUGACAAACAAUCACCAACUGAUAAUGAAACUAAUGAGUCUGAUAAUGAUAAGAUCGAACUGAAUGGUCAAAGCCAGAAUCUACCAUCCAGUUUUGACAUAAAUAAUGCAGAUACUGAUCCAAAGAAGAUGGAAACAGAGAAAGGCCAAAUAGUUGAUGAAAAGGGUAAAAUGAACCAGGAUUCUGAGGAGGAGCCAUCUGCAAAUCAAAUUAAACCAGAGGAAAGUGACCAGGCUCCUUCCAAUGAACCAACAAAAACAAGUGAUGGUGGUGACAAAGCAGAAGAAUUAAAUAACAAGUCAAGUGAUACUGAACAAGAGCAAGAGAGAAACGUUAAUGAUGACAUGGAGAAACAUGAGAUUGAAAAACCUGAUGACAGUACUAUUCCUCCUGAGAAAGUAGAACAAGAAAGCGAAAUUUACACGAAUGCUGAGGAAACAAGGAAGUCUGAUGAUGUUGCUUCUAAAGAUUCUGAUUCGUCUGAUGAAAAAUUACAUUCAGGCCAUGAUGAACAAGAAAAAAAAGUAUCAGAGAAUGAUAAAAAUGACAAAGUGAAUAUGGCGAAAUUAGAAGAAAUUGAUAGUGUUGAUGAACCAGAAAAAACUGAAGAUACUCAAACUCAGGAAACUGUUGAUGAGAAUGAGCGGCCUACUGCUGAUAACUCUCCAAAGCAAGAGGGUGAUGAUCACAAACUAUCCAAAACUGAUCCUGUUAAUAUUAACAGUGAUGAGAAAAAUACAGAGACUGAACUUUCUGAUGAUUUCCCAAGACAGGACAGCGGCAUUGAAACCAAAGAUUCUAGCAAAGAUAAUGUUGUUACCACUCAAAGUUCAGAAACAACAGAAGACAGCUUGGAUCAUGACAAGAAUGUGGAGGAUAUUUCUUCUCAACCCAAAACUGAGCCAGAGAAUGGUGAUUCAAAAGACGGUGACCAAGAAACUGCACAGAAUGUAGGUAAUGGAUCGGAAGUUCAAACUGAUGCAGAAAAAGUCAGAGAUGAACCUAAAGGUAAUAUGGAGCAAGGCGAUUCACAAGAGGAUCGUCAAGAAACUGCACAUAAUCAAAGUAAUGAUUCACAACAAGGUGAAAGGAAUGAUCAAGCUGUAGAAAAAAUCAAUGAAAAUGUAGUACAACAACAAUCCAUUCAUGAACAAAGAGGGGUUGUUUCUGAAGAGACUGGUACUGUGCAAGAAGAUUCUGAUUCAUCUAAUGUUUCUGAUGAUGGAAUUGCACCAGAUGGAAAUCAGAAUAACUUGAGCGAUAGCAAUACAGAGCCUGGAAAAGCUGUUGAAGAACACCCACAACCAACUGGGAAAAUCGAUAUAGAUUCAUCAGGUGGCAUGCAUGAAACCGGAGAUUCUAAUUUUGGUGAUACUGAUGAUCCGCUACUAAAAUGGUUUCGACCGAAAUAUGGAGCAGAUUUUAUGUAUACCAUCCGUGAUACUGAAGAAGAUGAAUCUGAGUCCAUAAAUUCUGUCGUUACAGAACUGUCUGAAGUCGAUGGCAAUGAUGGUGUUAGUGAAAAUCAUAGCAAUGUUGGUGAACAUUUGACCAGCGAGUUUGCCAUAUCAAAUAACAAAAACUGGUCUCCAUGUUACUUAGAUGACCCAUUUCGACGCAGAACAUUUGCUAUAUCAAAUUCUCCAGAUUUGUUGGUUAGUGGUAGAGAUGAUGAAGCAUCAGUAUAUGAAGAUAAAAAUGGGGAUUCGGAAUCAGUUACUAAAUCUCCUAAUGGUGAUGUGGAUAUUAUUAGUCUUGAUAUUCAUGAUGAUAAAUCAGAUUGGAAGUUGUUUUGGAUUGAAGACCAUGAGACACCAAAUGUCAUAGACGAUCCAUUCUUAAAAAGAACAAUUUGUUUGAAUUCUCAUGGAAUAAAGGAUGAAGCAGUAAAUACAAAUGAAAAUGCGGAAAAUGAUUCAGAAACCCAUAUGGAUCAGGAUAUCACAAAGAAUGACUUAAAAUUAGACUGGGGAUUGUUGUGGAUUGAACAGCACCAGACACCAAAUGUUAUAGAUGAUCCAUUCUUAAAAAGAACAAUUUUUUUGAAAGCUCGUGAAUUAAAGGAUAAAUCGCCAUCAUCAGUAAAGGCAGCUGAAAAUGUAGAAAACGAUUCAGUUACCCCGACUGAAGAUGAUGUGGUUAUCGAGUUAGAUACAACUGAACAUGACUUACAAUCAAAUUGGGGAUUGCUGUGGCUUGAACAUCAUCAGACACCAAAUUUUAUAGAUGAUCCAUUUUUGCUGAGAACAAUUCAUGUGAAACCUCAUAUAUUUCAAGUCAAAGAUAACUUGCAUCAGGAUGAUGAUAUUGCUGCGCAUUCUGGUAGAGAUUUGGCUGAUGAUACUGAAAAAGUCACAGAUGAAGAAAACAGUUUAGAUGAGAAUGCGGAGUCUGACAGCCCAGAUGGCGUGUCAUUAAGAUUCAUCAACAACCCCUUUUUGCAGAAAUCUAUGUUGGUGAAACCAGUUUCUCCUAAAUAUGUAUCUAUAAUUUCUGAUACUAAAACCGAAUCUACAGAAGAAAGUGUUGAUGAAAGUAUGGUUAUGAAUGAUAUCAUCCAUGAUGAAAAUGAAUACAGCUCGUAUUUCAAUGAUCCUCUCUUGAAAUGGAUUCUUCCCAGCACCACAAAUACAAUGACGUUUUUAGAAUCCGAUCAACCGAUUGACAGUGAUGGAGAUGAGUUAGAUGUUAUACUGGAAAACUUCGGUAAAACUGAGGUUUCAGAGGAAGAUGAUGUUUCAGAAGAUGAAUACGAAUCAUCUGAAGAGAAUUCAAGUAAGAAUGUAGAUUCUGAUGUUGCAAAACAAUAUGAUGAGUUCUAUCGUCCGCUUGAAACAGCGGUACAGACCCACCAUGAAUCCUCAGAUAUGCCCGACUGGAUUUCUUUACGGGGACUAUUGAGCUCAUUUCAAGAUCUGUUGGAAGAUAUGUCAUUACUUCGCAUUGGUAUUGGAGAUAUAAAAAAAGAUUUGAACCUAUUGAAAAAAGUCAAACCAGACAUGAUGGCUGACUGUAACAGUAUGGCCAAGAUAUUCAAACAAAAUGUCACCAAUGUUGAAAACCAGAUUUAUGCAAACAUUCAAUUUCUAAGAAAAAGGCUUUACACUACCAGCACAACCAGAGAAGAUCCGGAUGAGGCUGAUGAAGCAAUAAUUCCAAAGUACAAAGCGACAUUAUUGAAUAUUACUGUGAAAGUUGAGAAACUACAAGAUGAAAUGAAUACUAUACAUGAUACAAUUGCAAAAGAAAUAUACAGCGAUUCGGAUGAUACAGAUGAUCUCGUGAAUGAAAUAAAUGAGAAAGCUACUGAUGAAAUUUUGAAAUUACAACAGAAACUGGAUGAUCUAAACAAGAAACUGUCAGGCAAAGAUUCAGAAAGUAGCAAUUUAGUUCAAAAAAUGGAGAAAGAAGCUGAAGAAUUUAAGUCUCGUAUUUCAGAAUUGGAAAAAUCUGUUUUACAAAAACAUGAUGAACAAAAAAAUAUUUAUGAACAUUCAAGAGAACAGGAGGAAAAAAUGGAAGAAAAACUAGCUGAAUUUCAAACAUCAUUACAAGAAAAAAAUUCGGAACAAAUCAAAGCAGCACAUGAAGAAACGAGAGCAGUGAAAGAAAAACUGAGGGAUCUAGAGGAAUCACUGAAACUUAAUGUGGAAGCAGACAAACCUUUUGUAGAACGAAUUACCACACUUGAAGAAGAGUUGACAUCACGUAAACAAGGGGAGAUGGAAAAAACAAGGAAAGAAAAAUUUGAAGCUACUCUUCUAAGGUCAAAAAUUCAAGCGCUUGAACGGCAGCUCAAAAAGAGGUUCAAUCAUGAUAAUUCUAAAAUGUUGAUGGAAGCUGAUGAUUUGAAAGAAAAAGUCAGGAGUCUUGAAAACAGCUUGACAGCUAAAAUUGCAGAAGAGAAAGAUGAGCUUUCUGCCAAGGAAAAAGAAAGUGAAUUGAGAGAACGAAUCGAGUUGCUGGAAAAAGAGCUAAAAGAUCGAUUGGAAUCUGUUGAUAUUUCAGCUAGAGACGAACAAGCAAAUGAGCUAAAAGCUCGUGUACAAGCUAUGGAAGAUAGAUUAAAGGCUCAAAUUGAACAAUUGGAUGCCCAAAAAACUCAAACCGUUGAUCUUGUUGAUAAAAGCCCGAAAGCUAUAUCCAAAUCAAUAAAAAAAAGUAAAAAGAAAAAUAUUAAGAAAAAAGAAGUUAUGGAAUUUCUUAACACGUUCUUCUUCUCGCAAAACUAUCACAUAGAAACCACAAAUCAAACUCCCGUUUUUACAAAUCAAACAGAUGUAAUUUCAACGAAUAUUUUUGAUGAAAAUAUGUUGCAAAGUGUGAAUACUGAUUUUAAAUGCAUCAUGGAGCCAUCAAAGAGGAGAGCAUGUGGUGCAAAACACUUCUCCAAAGACUUCUGCAGUGCACUCCAGUGCUGUUGGUCACCUGUUAUGAACGACCCUUCUGUUCCUCCUUGCUAUUUUUCAUUGCUACAGAUGGAAAAUUCAAAAAACAAAGAACUUCAUCAAAGUGCUUUGAGCAAUGACAAAAAAAGUGAAGAAAGGUCGGGAGAAUACAAUGUUCUUCAUGAGGGCAAAGUUGUAAACUGGGAUGAGACACUUGAUGAAAAGUCAGCAAGUGAAAAGAAAGUAGGGUGGGAUGAAUCAUUAGGCGCAGAGACGGACAAUGAACAUAUUUUAGAAGCGCUAGAAAUUGCUAAGAAAGAAAAAGUGGUGGACGCUACAAGGGACAACUCAAUAAAAGAUGAAAUAGACUCAAAUACAGUAACCAAACAGCACAGUGGUGAAGAUGCAGAACCAGAGUUAACGCCACCUACUACAGUAACCACUUUGGAAACGGUGGUCACGGAGCAAGUUACUCCUGAAACAGAUACUUCUCAACAGUUUACAGAAACUGGAACCACACCAACCCCUGAUCUUCAACUGGAAACCACCCUUCCACCACAACAUGUUGAUUCAACAGAUAGCAUUCUUGCAUAUGAAACUAAUAAAACUGCAGCACAAGAAGUAAAAAGUCAUCUUUCUGUGAGUACAGAGAAAUCUGAUGAAAAAGAUAAUGUAGAUCCAGAUGAAGAAGAGACGCUACAUGCGGAAAGUUUCUGGUUGAGACUGUUACUUGUCUUCUCAAAGUUACCUUAUGAUAUUAUUUAUAUUUUGGAGCCACUAUUCAAUGCGUGGAUCACGUUACUGCCUGAAGAAUAUCGAAACGAUGUGUAUGGAGUAUCAUGGACAAUUAUUAUAUCAACAUUUUUUUGCGGACUGAUUUUAAUAUGGCUUCUUAUAUGUCGGUCACAAUCUGUCAAAAGGAAACAUCGAGAUCAAAGUACUGCUGCUACAAUACGAGAGUUAAAGACGCAACUAGAAAAUUUAUCGCAAGAGAAAGUUCAAGCUGAAAAUGAGCUCAGAACAAAGCAAAAUGAGGUUGAGAUUCAAAAAGGACAAGUGGAAACUGUAACAGAAGAAAAGAAUGCUACAUUGACGAUGAAAACAGGGUUGGAAAAUUCAUUGAGAGAACUUAAUAAAGAAACUGAAACUUUGAAACGAGAAAUGCAAAUCUUGAAUCAGAAUCUACAGGAUAAAGAUAACGCUAUGCAAGAAGUAUUGACAAACUCACAACAGGUGGAAACAUCUCUUUUGGCACAAAAAGAAGCAAUAACAAAAUAUGAAGGAGAAAUCAAACAACUUCGCGGAUUAAUAACAAAACAUGAAAAUAAUCAAAAAACAACAGAAACUUCAAAUGAAAAAUUAAAGGAACGAAUUAAAACAUUAGAGAAAGCUAAAAGUGAAACAAAGAAAGAAGGAAAAACGUUGAAAGAUCAAAUAGAAAAAUUAAACAAUAGAAUUGGUGAAUUACAAGAAAGACUUGACAAUGAAAUUGAAGUUGGCGAAAAUAAAAAACAAGAAAUUGAUGUUUUAAAAGAUUGUAUUCUUCAAUUUAAGGGUGUUCAGGAAUACUUAAAUGAUGAAGGUGAAGAUGGGGAAACAGAGGAAGCUAUUAUCAAACAAAAAGAGAAAAUGAAAUCAAUGUUAGAUGUUGCAAAUGUAAAAAGUGUUUUGAGACAAACUGAAACUGAUAAAUUACAUGUUACUUAUGAACUAGAAGCAGAACGUAAAUCAAGGCAGGAUACUGAAGGAAAAGUUAGUGAAUUGGAAGCUACAAUAAAGGGGAAUGAAGCAAUUAAGGAUGAAUUGGAAAGACAAAAACGAAUGCUCGAAUCGAAACUCACUGUAAUGGAGGAAUUCUAUGCCAAGAGAGAAGUUGAAAUUCAAAGCAAACUGGGUUUGGAGCAAUCAAAACGUGAGAGUAACGCAUCCAUGUUAGAAGACCAACAGCAGCAAAGAUUAGAAAUAUUGCAACAACUUGAUGCAUACAAGAAAAUGAGCGAAGAUGCAAAGAAAAAAUAUGAAGACUCUGACAGACAACAUAAGCAAGAAAUACUCAGCUUUGAAAAGAAAUCUCAUGAUAAUUGGUUGGCUUGUCGUGAUGCCGAGAGAAAAACUGAAGAAGCAAACAAGCAAAUAAGUCAACUACAAUUAGAACUGACAGAUAUGCGACGUCGGUUACAUGACUCCCAUGACAGAGAUCUAAUCAUAAGACCCAGACCUGAACGACAUGGCCCACCUGGUGCCCCGCCUUCAUUCGGUCCACCAAGACGAGGUCCACCGCCACCAGGAGUUCCAGGCAGUCCACUUCAUUUUCGAAGUGGCCCUCCACCUGAUGCUGAUCGACGAUCCCCUCCACCUCAUCAUCGGAGACCUCCGAGUCCCGGUGGAAGUAUUCCAGGUGAUAGGCCGCCCAGUCGACCUGACCGGCCACCCAGUCGGCCUGACCGCCCACCAAGCACACACAGUCUUCCUCCCAUGGAUCGUAGAUCAAUACCAGGCCCACCACCUGGUCCUGGACAACCUUAUUCCAACACAACCCCUGGAAGAGAAUUCAGACCGUAUAGAGAUGCUAUGCCUCCAAGAGGACCCCCGAGAGAUCGUGCUUACCCCCCACCACCAGGGGCGAGAAUGGGAAGUGGACCAGCAAAUUCAUCUCCUUAUAUGGAAAGGCCGCCUAUUCCGUCCUCACAGUCACCUGGUCCAAGAUCUCAGAACUUCACACAAUCAAGUCUUCAUGCAACACCACCGCAAUCAACUGGUGAUGGGUUAAGAAACGAUGGAUAUCAACCACCCCCCGCCGCUUCCACAGGACCCCCUCCACCAGGUUCUGGACCACAUGGAGGCUCAAAUCCGUUUCGAAGAUCAAAACCUUAAUAUGUUCAUUAUAUUACAAGAAUAUAAUUUAAAUGAAAAAUUGAUUGUUUCUAACCUUGGAUGAUUAAUAAGAGUAUUCAAAGUGUGCCAUCUUCGUACGCGCACUGUUGCGGAUGGUGUCUUCGAUCGAGAAAAUUACUUGGCUGGUUUUAAAAUAAUUUAAAACAUUGCUAAUGUAUCCUUAUUUGCAAGCAGUUUCAAUCAUAGUUACCAAGUAGUGUAAUUACAUGUUUUUUUUAUUGGGGGGUAGUUAGUGAGGUGUUUUGUUUUGUCAUUUAAUUUCCUUCGCCGCACAUUCACCACAUGCGUAGAGCUGUAGCUGUCCUCAAACAAAAUAGCAAGCAUUAUUUGUUAUGUGCAAUACUGGUAACUCUGCUACUUUUUGGUUUUUGUCUGGAAUGGCUAGACUAAUGUUUUAUGUAUGGCUAGAUAAUUUGUGUUUAAAAGUUCUUUCAGAUUAUGUUUGUUCGAAUAAAAGUUCUAUUUGCUGGA